AUGUCGCACGCCAAGCAGUUCACGCUCUAUACCCACAAGGGUGGGCCGAAUGGUUGGAAAGUCGCGAUCGUCCUCGCCGAGCUUGGCCUUACUUAUGAGAGUGUUUACCUCGAUUUUAACUCGGCCGAGCACAAGGGAGCAGCGUAUACGAAGUACAAUCCCAACGGCCGCAUUCCCACAAUUAUUGACCACCACAACAAUGAUUUUGUGGUCUGGGAAUCCGAUGCCAUCCUCAUUUAUCUAGUGGAGCGGUAUGACAAGGGGAACAAGAUUUCUGUCAGCGGCGCGGAUGACAAGAUCAUUCAGCUGCAGUGGCUGUUCUUCCAGGCCAGCGGACAAGGUCCGUACUACGGUCAGGGCAUAUGGUUUAAGCGCUUCCACGCGGAGAAGAUCCCCAGUGCUAUCGAGCGAUACCAGAAGGAAACCAUCCGCGUCCUCAAUGUGCUUGAGAGCGUGCUCUCCAAACAAGAAUGGCUCGUCGGCGGCAAGCCCACCAUUGCGGACCUGUCUUUCAUUCCGUGGAACAAGUUAGCUUUCGACGCACUGCUCGGCGAUUACGAGGACUUUGAGCUUAGGGACUUCACUGCGGUUGCUGCUUGGCACGAGAAGCUCUUGGCUAGACCUGCCGUCGCUAGCGUCUAUGCCAUCAGGGAUUCUCUCUGA